AUGGACAAUAUCCAAAAGCAUCCUUUAAAAUUAUACAUACAAGAUAUUUUUCGCGCCAAACAAACAGUCGAAAACAAAUACAUUUAUGAGAUUUUUGGGAUAAAAUUCAAAAAUAUAAUGGUUCAUGGUAUAGUUACAGCUGUAUAUAACAAGUGUUCGACGACAACAAACUUAGAAAUCAGCGACGCUACUGCCUCUGUACAGGUUUAUUAUGAUACUACAAAGAGUAAUAAUAAUUUAAGUAAUAACACCAUAAAAGAACUUUUGAAAGAUUUUGCAAAAGCCUCUAAAUACCAUGAUGACAACUUAAAUUGUAUUUCUUCUUUGUUAGAUUUGAUGAUAAAGAAAAAAGAUAAUAUAAUGAACUUCAUAGAAGGUGAUUAUGUGAGUGUUGUGGGUGAUAUUUUUGUGGAUGAAAUAAGAAACAUCCGAAUGUUGUCAGCAUAUGAGUGUAAGCCUACUUCAAUAGAAAGAGAUGUUGUGUGGAUGGAAGAACUUAGAUACCUAUAUGAAAAUUUUUACCUCUGGAAUAAAAUUAGUGAUAAUACUGAGCCACCUGAAAUAACAUAG